GACAGGGUCCGUUACCAAUGGCGGGUUCCACGAGCCUUCUUCUUUCUCCGAAACUCUGAAUUCUGUACACAGAAGAGGAACACCGGAACCCCAAACCCCAACCUUUUCUUCCAAUUACUGACAGAUCCUUAAAACCCUAUCACGCAUCUCUAUGUAUCAUUCAUUUUUACACUGCUAAACAACAAACUUACAUAUCUAAGUUUCAUCAAAAAUAUUUCCAGAGCUCUCUCUCUCUCUCUCUCCCUCCUUCCCUUGUAUGGACGGUCCCCUCUCAAUCUCACCAAUUUCAACGGGUUUCGAAGUAGCAUCAUCACCAUGAAAGCUAUAUCUAUGCUGUUUCUCUCUCAAUUGACUCAAUUGGGUUUGCUCUUAUCCGUUUUGUUUUGGGUUCUGCUAUGGGCUGUGGAGGAUCCAAGGUCGAUGAUUUGCCACUGGUAACUCGUUGCAGAGAGCGUAAAGAACUUAUUAAGGCUGCAUCUGAUCACCGUUAUGCCCUCGCUGCCGCUCAUGUCUUGUAUUUCCACGCUUUAAGGGAUGUUGGCGAUGCAAUUAGUAGAUUCGUUGACGAGGAGCUCGUGAUCGCAUCUUCUUCGUCUCCUGGUUCCCCUGUUUUGAUAUUACCUUCCAGAGAAGGGAAAUCAAAGCCGAAAUCAAAAGAUUCUUCCACAUCGACGUCGAUUUCGCAUUCUAUAGACGGAAGUAGUCGUCGUCAUCAUCAUAAUCAUCAUAAUAAUCAUCAUAAUAAUAAGAGCAAAAACAGAGAGGAAGAAGAGGACAGUGAAGAUUCGCAUUUGCAUUUGUCAUCUGGGUCGGAUUUGGACUCUGAUUCGGGUCAUAUUCAUAUCCAUGAUACGCCUGAAGAAGGAGAAGAGCAGCAACGAGGAGUACCUUCAACUACUUACGGUUUUGAUGAUUAUCCUCAUCGCGAGAAUUGGGGUUACAAUAAUACUGGAGAAAAUCCAAAUCCAUAUCCAUAUCCAUAUCUAUAUUCGGACCCGUAUCCGCAUCCCUUCUCCAAUCCUUAUCCCAAUAUGUAUUACAUGAAGAAGUCAGCCACUCCGACAAAGACGGUGGCGUAUGAGGAUCCAACUGUAAAUGGGUAUUCGAGUUAUUAUGAAAAUGGUGGGUAUUUCGGGUACCCGAUGAUGGGUUCACAGCAGAUGGAGCCGAGUCCUCAAAGGCCACCACCGGCCCCGCCAUCUCCGCCGAGAGUAUCCGCGUGGGACUUUCUUAAUGUGUUCGACACGUAUGAUAACGAUGCUGGUGGUGGCUAUCCGGCUUUUUACUCGGCAGGAAGAUACGGGUACGGGUCGAUUUCAAGUAGUCCGGAUUCAAAAGAGGUGAGGGAAAGGGAAGGGAUUCCUGAUUUGGAAGAUGAAACAGAGCAAGAAGUGAUAAAAGAAGUUAACAAUGAAAAGAAGAAAGGAAAAGAUGAAAUAAAUGUGAAUGGCAAAUUCAAAUUCAAUGAAGAAGUCAAUAAGAAUUUUGGAGAGGGUACCUCGAAAUCGGUACCAGUUCAUAGCGGCAAUGAAAGUAUAGACUCAGUUAAAGGUAAAGACAUUAAGAGCAGUACUAGUCCUGAUACAUUUCGCAGUCCUGAGAGUAUUGUUUCUAAAAGUCCUGGUGAGGAGUCUGUCAGGAAAAAAGGAGUGAGCUUUGAAGUUGAGGAGGCAUCUACUAUGGAUGUUGAAUCUUCAAAACCUAGCAGCUUAACUACAUUAUCAGUUCACAGCUCUAGGGAUCUCCAAGAAGUGGUGAAGGAAAUAAGAGAUGAAUUUGAGACUGCCUCUAGUUAUGGAAGAGAGGUUGCUUCAUUGCUUGAGGUGAGCAAGUUGCCUUACCAGCGAAGAACCACCUUGCUUAAAGUGAUUUUCUCCCGGAUCUUGUUUCUGGUGUCAUCACACCCUCCCACCAGGCCAUCUGUACAAAUCUCUUCUAGGGCAAUGAAAAUGGCAAAAGCAUACUCUGGAGAACCUGGGAACGAUCUUGACAUCAAGUCUAGAAAUUUGUCAUCUACUCUAGAUAAACUUUAUGAGUGGGAGAAGAAACUAUACAAAGAAGUUAAGGAUGAAGAAAGGCUACGAGUUAUUUAUGAAAAACAGUGCAGGCGAUUAAGACAUUUAGAUGAACAUGGAGCUGAAUCUAGUAAAAUUGAUGCUGCCCAGGCUUCAAUAAGGAAGUUGUUAACAAAAAUCAAUGUUACGAUCAGAGCUGUUGAUGCUAUAUCAAGCAAGAUACACAAGUUAAGAGAUGAAGAAUUGCAGCCUCAAAUCACUGAAUUGAUUCAUGGGUUGAUAAGAAUGUGGAAGUCCAUGUUGAGAUGCCACCAGAAACAGUUCCAAGCUAUCAUGGAGAGCAAAGUUCAGUCGCUAAAGGCAAACACUGGUUUGCGAAGAGAUUCCGGUUUGAGAGCUACUCUUGAACUUGAAACAGAGCUAAUGAAUUGGUGCACUUGUUUUCACAAUUGGGUUAACACUCAAAAAUCAUAUAUUGAGUCCUUAAAUGAAUGGCUCUUAAGGUGCCUUAUUAUUGAACCUGAAGAAACUGCUGAUGGAAUAGCACCCUUUUCUCCAAGCAGAAUGGGUGCUCCACCUAUUUUCAUAAUUUGCCACGAUUGGUAUCAAGCAAUGGUUAGGAUUUCUGAGAAGGCAGUGGAAAAUGCCAUGCUAGACUUUGCUUCGAACUUACAUCAAUUAUGGGAACGGCAAGACGAGGAGCAGCGGCAAAGGAUUAAAGCAGAUUACCUAACAAAGGAUUUUGAGAAACGUCUAAGGACAUUACGCAUGGAGAGGGGAAGGCUUGCGGAGCAGGACGCAUCAUCAGAUAAAGCUGUGUCGAAAGUUCCUUCGGAAAGUGGAGUUUCACCCCUAGAUGAUUUGAAGGUGGAUCUGGAUUCAAUGAGGAAGAAAUUAGAAGAAGAGAGAGCCAGGCAUAAGGAAGCUACUAAGCAAGUUCACGAUGCAGCUUCAGGUAGUUUACAAGCAGGUUUGGUCCCAAUUUUUGAGGCUUUGGGAAGCUUCACUUCGGAGGUUUUGAAAUCCCACGAGCAAGUCAGACUUCAAAAUGCCGGAGGCUUAUAGUAAAUUCAUACAUUAGUAUAAUGCUGCUUUCAGCAUUAUAAGCUGAGAGUAAUUCUCAUAGGUUUAGUCUACAAUUAACAUGGUAGACUGAGUUUGCUUGAGAAUUUUUCGUAAGCUGAAGCUUUUUCAAGGAAGGAGCUUGGCAUCAUAAUAUGUACAGUUACCAUGAGACUUAGAAUGGUUAGAUCCACCAAGGCGCAGCGAAUCUGGGGUGAAAAAUUAUAGAGAAACAAGUUUUGACAGAUUGGAGAUUGGAGAACAGCUUUAAACAGGAAAAAGAAAAGGGUAGGAUUGUAGGAUAACUGUAACAAGGUGAAGGUUCAAUUGGAAGAAAAUUGUGGUGAAGGUUUUGUUAACUAUAAUGUGGGUUUUACAAUAUCCCAUGAGUAGAGAUAUGUAGGGAUUUUUGUACAGAAAAUUCAUUUAUUGGUUGAUUGGUUGGUGGUGGUGGUAUUUGUUGUAUCUGGACAGUGUAGGAGGAUGAUUUCAGGUAGGCUUAUUUAUGUUUAGAUUUCUCAGCUUAGGAAACUUCAAAAAUUUUGGAUGAAGGAUUUGAUAAUUGUGAUAUACAGUCCUUUUUUUGGAUUGCUUUUGCCAUUUCUUCUUCUAACAA